UGAAAGUUUGGUUGGUUAAUUACACGACAGAAAAAAAUCUAUGUCAUCUUGUCCAAAACAUGAUUAAGCUAUGAAAGAAAAAUUAAUGAACAAAAAGGGAAAAACUCCACAAAAGAAGAAAGAACAAGGAUUUCAGACAAUCACUUCAAUGUUUAAGAAGCAGAAGCAGCAGCUUGCUAAUGAAGUAAGCAAAUCAGAAGUCAUUUCCAUAUCAGGCACAAACUCGAAAGAAGAAGAUGAAGACAUACAGAUAACCUAUGUUGAAACAACAUCUGAAUAUUUUUUGUCCAAAGAAAGGACAUCAAAAUCUGUGAAAAGGUUAAGCUUGAGGAAAAGUAGAGUCAAAGAAGACAACAAAACAUUAGACUCCACAUCAGAAUCCACAUUAGGCAGUAAUGCUGAUUUAAAUGAGACAGGGCCAUUUUCUACAGAUCAAAUACAUUCCAAAAUUAAAGAAAAUAAUAGAACUGGGUGUGAAAAAUCAGAAAAAACUGUAAAAGUUGAACCUCAGGUAUCUCUAUCCAGCUCAAACACUGAGGUAAACUCCAAGAAGAAACUUUCUCUUAGAAAACGAAAGUCUGAAUGUCCAAGUAAAGAAACUAGCUUGAUAGAGAAAAGAUUGAAAACUGAUGAUGAGAAACAUGACAGCAUCAGUAUAAUAAGGAGAAAUAAAAGUGUGCCUAAUGUUAGUUCUCCUAAUUCUAGAAGAACAAAGACUAAAGAAAACAAUGUAGAAACUGAUGAAGCACACUCAAUCAACUCUGGAACUUCUACCCCACUGCCAAAAGACAACAGCAGCAGUAAUUCAGAUUUGCCUGAGGAUGAAGAGAAUGUAAUUCAGACCCCCUAUUAUUUAGAAAAUUUUCGAACAAUCAUUAGCACCAUUCUCUCCUGUGAGGAUGAUUUGAAUCUCUUCAAUGAUGAGGACAGGAAAUUUGUCAGUAUCUUUGGUGAACUCACAGAACCUGCUCAAAAGUUAUAUGUUAGGUUAUUUGGGAGAAAAUGGAAAUGGUUGACACAACAACAGAUCAAAUACCCAGGAAUCAAGGAUGAUUUAUCAAAUGUGUUUCAAGAGCUCAAAAGAGAAGGCUUCUUAAGCUCUGAAAAUGAUCUGGAUGACUUGGAGAAAGCUCUCAAUCUGCUGUCUGCCCCAGAUUUGAAAUCAUUUGCCAAAACCUACCAUAUAUCCUCCAUCACAAACAAGAAGGCAAUAAUUCCAGCUCUACUGAAGAAAUGUAAAGAAAACACAAUAGGAUCCAUGUUCAAGGUGCCAGGCCUUGACCCUUAUCAAGUUAUGCUGAAAAGGGUGAAGAAGCAGCUGGGACCAUGUGUGUGUCUGUGUGAGGAGCCACGGUUUGUCUUUGUGAGGAUGCUAAUGCUCUUCUCCCUUUCAGACACGAUUCUGGAUGAUGACAAUGCUAAUGCUGGGCAGAGUCAACUAUUCAGAAUGUUACAAGUUAACAUUGGGGAUACAGUGUAUCCAACCUUUACAGUGAGCAGAGAGACAAAGAUAUUUAAAGACAGAGAAUCAGUGUUGAGAUUUUCUAAAGCCUGCUUAUUGGAAGCUGACUUAUGGAGCAGACUUGAGAGAAAUGAGUUUGAAGCUGCAUAUUCAGUAUAUCUUGAGGCAAAAGAGAGAGUAGAAGAUCUGAAGAAAGACAAUGCUAUAGCUAACCAUGAUAAGACUUUACCACAUUUUUUGAGACCUUUCACAGCCUUUAGUGUGUACACCAGGAUCAUAAACCAAGGGGUAGAACUCCUGCAGAGGAGAAAAGAAUACACAGGGGCAGUGUCUGUGCUGAGGAAAUUACUAAGUCAGCAGGUUUAUUGUACAGAUUACAGGGGGCAUUGGUGGGAAAGACUUGCCCUAAAUUAUGAUGCUCAUCUUAAAAACCAAGAAAAGGCUCUGGAGGCAGUAGCAAGUGGACUGAGAGAUAAAUCUGUGACAGCAGGGAGACGCCUGGCUCUGUACCAGAGAGCAGAGAAAAUAUGUAAUGCUCCAAAAUCCAAGUUUAAGGACAGGUUGAAAAAACUUCCAGAUGAAGGUGUUAAAGCAACACCAGAGGUAUGUAUUGAAGGCACUGUUCUGUCAGAUAACAUGCCAGGAAUGAGGUACAAGUUUAUCAUGGCAGACCCAGAUGGUGAUGAAGACAAGCUGACAUUCUGUGGGGUGGAGGAACUUGUCAUGGAGCAUUAUAAGAACAAUGGAUAUCCAGAGGGAUUACAUGCUGAAGGUUCCAUAUUGUCAAACCUGUUUGCCCUAUUUUUCUGGGACAUCCUUUUUAUGGAUGUUCCUGAUGCAUUUCACUCUACCUAUCAGACCCACCCAUUAGAUUUGUACACUACACAGUUUUACACAAAUCGACAAUCAGCCAUUGACCAGCAGCUGGAGAAAAUCAAGAAUGCUGAAGUAGAGGAGCUCCAUUCUAUGAUGACCUCUGUGUGGGAAAAUCACUUUGGAGUGAUGUGUACUGGUCUGAACUGGGAGAGAUUCUUGUGUCUCGGUCAUGCACAGGGCUUGGUAUCUUGUAUGGGAGGAAGAACACUAUCCCAGAUGCUGGAGAGGUUUGUGAAGAACCCUCGACACACACGGUCAGGAUUUCCCGACCUCACUCUUUGGAAUCCACAGACAGGUGCUCUCAAGAUAUGUGAAGUGAAAGGUCCUAAUGAUAGACUCUCACAUAAACAGAUUUUAUGGAUAGAUUAUCUUGUGUCUCUUGGGGUGGAUGCUGAAGUUUGCUAUGUCAAAGCUGUUGGGUCAAAGAGAUUGAAAACUUCCACAUAAUAUCAGAAUAAUACAGCUUGUGACUGUGCAGGGAACUUCAUUUUACUAAUGCCAGGGGAGGUAACUAUCCUUUGUUCAUGUAUGGAGUUCUAACCAGAUAACUUCUGAACACCCAUGGAACUCUGUUGCUUUCUCUGUAAUGUGCCAAUCAUUUAGCAGUGUGUCAGGCUGCUAUACCAAGACAAAACUUGUUUUCUAUUUAUUUUCAAUUUUAGGAUAAAAUAUUUGAAACUUGUAUGCUCAUGAGCAUCUGUUCUCAAUGUGAUACCAAGCGGUGAAAAAAAUAUAAAUUUAAUGCAUAGUGAUGGGAAAAGCAUUGUGUCAAACACAGUUUAGGGUUACUAAAAUGUAUAAAGUUAUAGAUUGUACCAAUACUGAAUUGUGUUCCAUGUACAACAGAUGUUUAAAAUAAUAUUCAGCAUGAUUAAGAUUUAUGUUCAUACAUUCAAGUUGUGUUUCAUGCAAGGUUGUCAUGAUUACUUAUAUAUGCAGAUUAAUUCAUUGAUUUUCACUGUGUUCAAUGUUACCUCAUACUGAACUCAGUUCAGCCAAUGUUGCAUUUCUAUUUCUUGUUUAUAUACACAAAGUCUGUAUUUGUUAAAAGCAGGAUUUUUGUGUUUUACAUAUUGCAUGAUAGCAACAAUAAAAAGAAUCUUUUUUAA